AUGGCCAGCUGUUUUUUCCCUGUGCAGGAUAGAUCAGCUGAAGGUUUGAGAGCCAACUCUAAACCAGCUCUACCAACUCCAGGGCAGGAGGUCGAUCCUCUGAGUGAAGCAGGCGUUCCCUUGCGCUUAGUGACUUGCACCGUGGAAGAAAUGCAAAGAGAUGGGUCGACCUUGCUUGAAGAGUGGUUUCUGGAAAAUCACCACUGGGCCUCUGACUUUGAGACAUGGCGAAGCAGAGGUUUGGACGCGGUGAGCGUCUUGUGCCAACCGGCCCCAAAGCAGGCGGAGGAAGUUCGAUGCCUGGAAUGUGUUGGUCAUGUCUCGGAGAUACCCUUUCCGCCAUCUAGUCCAACCUUGGAUGCCAUGGUGGCGGUACUGCAAGCAAGGUUGGUAACUCCUUGGAGGAAUGGAAGCAUGCACUACUGCCGGACCCGUGUUCGCGCUUCUGGCGAACAAGCUUUUUGCAAAGCUGCUGCGAUUAUUGUGCCUGCUUGA